GAGGUGCCAAAUACUGUUGCUGAUUUUGAUCGUAAGAAUAUGCCCUACACGAGAAAGAUUAUUGAGCCUACCUUACCGGAUGGCUUUGUACAAAAGGAAAUUAAAUUUGUCACUCACCAAGGUUGA